AUGGCACCACUUUCUGGUAAUCUGUUCUCCCAGGUCAGUUCUCCUGGGAAGGUGUUGAGCUUGUAUCCAUCUAACGAAUAUGAGGUGCUCCCCAAUGGGAGUGAAGCGCACUGGGAAGUGGUGGAGCGGAUCCUCUUCAUCUAUGCCAAACUCAACCCUGGGAUUGCAUAUGUUCAGGGCAUGAAUGAGAUUGUUGGGCCAAUUUACUACACCUUUGCCACAGACCCCAAUAGUCAGUGGAAAGAGCACGCUGAAGCAGAUACAUUCUUCUGUUUCACCAACCUGAUGUCGGAGAACAGAGACAACUUCAUCAAGAGCCUGGAUGACUCUCAGUGUGGCAUUACUUGCAAAAUGGAAAGUGUGUACUCCAUGCUCAAAGACAAAGACCUGGAGCUCUAUCUCAGAAUGGAAGAGCAGAACAUCAAACCCCAGUAUUUCACAUUCCGGUGGCUGACCUUAUUGUUAUCUCAGGAAUUCCUUCUGCCAGAUGUCAUCCGCAUCUGGGACACCUUGUUUUCUGACGAGGACCAAUUUCACUUCCUCAUCCUGGUCUGCUGCGCCAUGCUCAUACUCAUCAGAGAUAACUUACUGGUAGGAGACUUCAUAGUGAAUAUGAGAUUACUGCAGGAUUACCCCAUCUCAGAUGUCCACACCAUCUUGACCAAGGCCAAAGAGCUGCAGGGUAACUCCUAACCUGUUCACUCAAGUCCCCCUGCCAUCUCUGCUCAGAUGUGAUAGGUGGGAGCUCAGACAUUAGAAACAUUGUCAUGUCAAACAUGUUGUGUGAGAGGACCUGAUCACUGAAGAGCCUGGAUAGGUGUGUUGGGAAACUAGCAUACUGCUUUUUAACUCGGUGUCUGAGGUUUAGUCAGUGGAGACUGUGUGAAAACCCGGAGGACAUGUUGAAACUGUUCCUUCCUCAGAGUGAGGAGGAGGUGCCACCUGUGUCUUGAUGCAUUAUAGGAAAAGGCAACCUCGGUUAUGUGGUCCUUCUCUUCCUCUCACAGCAAUCUCGCCAAUGGAAAUUUGCUGUGAACAGAUGAUGAUAUUUGCACUGACCACGUGAGGGAGAGGCAGCCGCAUUAAACCUACACUACCAAUGUUAGUCAUGCAAACAUUCUAGAAAUAUUGGAAAUUGAAGCCAAGAAUUAUAACAAAAAUGGAUUGAGCAGAUGUUUAAUUGGGUUGAGUAGUAGUGCAGGUUUGUUCUUUAAGGGAUUUUUUUUCAAGUUGAGUGCUUUUAAUUCUGAAUUGUGUAUGCCUUAUUUGUUUAAUGAUGUGAAACCAGAAUCAGUAUUUCUGGUUAUAUUUUCUGUCUGAUAACAUUUUUGAAGUGAUGGGAUGGGACGGGCCUAUUGAAUAUUGUAUUAACAACCUCCUGAAAAUAAUUUCCUGAGCAUUAUGUGUCCACAACACCUUUUGUCCCAUUGGAAAUAUAGGUUUCCUGAUAAAGUCAU